CGUUUUUUAAGCAACACAUAUAGUGUUCUGAUUCAACUGAGAGGAUUAACAACUAUGUAUACGAAUGUGAUAAGCUAUAAUUUUAAUAUUAUUUUCUCAGUUUAAAAUAGUUAACAAUAUAAUACAGAUUAUUAUAUAUAUUUCUAAUAUUUCUAAUUUGGAUUUAUAUUAGUAAACUUGUGCUUUACACUUUUUAACAUAACAAUUAUGUUUAAUUGUUUUUUAAAAAGAAUUAUAUGUUUAAUUAUCGUCAUCAAAUUUGUGAAUAUAGAUGCAACAAUAACAGGUAAUAAUGGGAAACAAAAUUGGAACGACACGUGGACGGAUAAGCUGAGAAGAGAUUUAUUAAGAUUCUACGAUAGACACUCAAGACCUGUCAUCAGUGAUAAUUUGACAAAUGUCACGGUCAACACCGUUUUAAAAUAUGUCGAUUUGGACUUUCAAAAUUCAAUCAUGACCAUUAACGCUUGGGUAUCAAUGACUUGGCAAGAUGAAAAACUUCUGUGGAAUGAAUCAGAUUACGGAGGCACAAAAUCUGUAAACAUGGCUUAUGAUGAAAUAUGGAUGCCCGAUAUUGUGGCCUACAACAGUGCUGACGGACAUCAUGAUGAGACGUAUGGGAAGAUUAACUGUGUCGUCCGCUCAGGUGGACAGGUUCAUUGGAUACCACCAGCGAAAUAUCGAGUAUUUUGUGACGUAGACUUGACCAAUUGGCCGUUCGGAGAGCACACCUGUUCAUUGAGACUCGGCUCUUGGACGUACGAUGGUAAUUCUGUUAGCAUGCAAAUCAAUGAAAAAAUAAAGACCGCCGACAUGAUUAGCCUGGACGAGGGAUGUAAAUGGGACAUUACAAAGGUAACACAGAGACGGAGAGUUGAGAGCUACUCUUGUAAUUCAAACGAUAUAUACGAGGAUAUUCACUACAGCAUCACUGUGAAGAGAAAAAUACCUGCCUACCAUAGUAUAAUCAUCAUUCCAGCAUUAGUUGUCGUAUUUUUGACGCUUUCCGUCUUUUGGCUACCUCCUGAGUCGACGGAGAAAUUUAUGUUGAGCGGUGUCACGUUGGUUAUGAUAUGCAUACUGUUAAUGAUGAUUUCUAGCAAUGUACCUAUCAUGAGCGAUCGUAUCCCGUUAAUAGUAAUGUUUUAUUCAAAUUCAUUGGGAAUGGUCACUCUGUCGAUGGUAUUUUCCGUGUUGUUGCAUAAUUUAGCUAAAUCCAAACAGCCUGACCAUAAAGUACCUAAAUACAUAACCCAGCUACUGAACACUAAAUUCGGAACUGUUAUGAGGUUUACAUCACUAAAGAACGAUGAUGAAGAUAAGCUUUUAGACGAAUCAAUUGAAGAUAGAUCAAAACAUCCUCAACUGAAAGAAAGUCAAUGGUAUUAUCUGGCUCUAAUUUUGGAUAGAUCGAUGUUUAUUGUUUACUUAUUUUUAUUCAUCGCUAUGGUGGUUUAUUUUCUGAAGUGAAUAAUAUGAAAAUAAUAUUUUACCAAA